AUGUUAGAUGAAAAAGGGUCAUUAGAAUAUCUUUCAAUUUAUUCAUUUCUCUUUUUGAAUGAAAAAGGCUCUAUUUUAUAUAAUGCUUAUGACUGGGAUGAAGUGAUAAAUAAAUUGGUUAUCAAAAUCGAUCAAGACGAUCAAGCUCCAAAGUUUUCCAUUGCAGACAAUAUUUCUGAAGUAUAUAGUUUACCUGUGAUUCAUGAAUAUAUUAACAGUCAAAAACCUUUAAAAGCUGUAAUUGACAUCGAUGCAUCGAAAGGGGAUAUGGAAAUAGCUGAUAUCAAGAGACAAGAAGUAUUCAUCCGAAUCUGGUUAAUAAUUACUACAUCAUCAGAUCCUAGCAAGUAUAGCUACCAUAUUUUAUACAUAUCAGCUCUUCUUAUUGAUCAUCAUGAACUCAAAGCAUUCACUAAAUUAGUAUAUAGUUUGACUGGUAAAAAAUUCGGCAAAUACAUUGAUAGAGGAUUACCUAGUCAUAAUUUUAAUCUUCGCCUUAUUAGUUCAGCAAAAAAAAGUCGUGUAAAGUGUAUUCUUCAAUUCUUACUAGAUAACAGAUGGAAUGAACUUGAUCAUGCUAGGGUUCAACCACUUACUAGCUUAGAACUUGAAGUGAGACCUCGAAUACUUAGUACAGAAAAAAAUAAUGAUCUGCUAAGAAUAUCUGUGAGGCAGGAUAUAUUACAAAAAUGCGCAGAUCUAGUUUUGCAAAAGUAUUCUAAAUAUCUUAGGGAUUGGACUAUUGAAAAAAAGGAAGAGACGAAAGAAAACUUCAUAUAUUUUAACCGAAAAGCUUCACUAGAAUGUUCACUGCAAACUGAUGAGUGUAGAAAAGUUUUUGAAUGCGACCCAUCUAUUGCGAAAAAAAUUCAGCAAAAAAAUAAAAAUUCUUCACAAGUCUCUCGCAAAGUAAAAGGUCUAGGUUUCCCUAAAGCCUUCAUAGAAAUGCCAACAUGGGUCAAGUAUAAUGAAACCCUUAUGGCUACAGAAAUAUAUAAGGAGAGAUAUGUAAGAUCAUUAUCCAAUGAAGGUGAUAUUUAUGUAGGGUCACCUUAG